AUGUGGGAUAACCAUUUUUCAUUCACUGCUGGGCAUAAUGGGUUCGGAAGCAAUUACAGCGCUGAAUUGGUUGUGUCACCUCUAGACGAUAACUACCAAUCGCUAUUAGAUAACAUUUCAUCUAUAUCCGAUCACCAUUGCCUCAAAUUCGAUCAAGACUGCUUCAUUCUCUCUCCAUUCUCUCUUUUAUACAACGAUUCUGCGAGCACUAUUGCACAGUUCAACCAGCUCCCAUAUGCUAUCACUACCAUCUUGUUCCACGACUCUCACGAUCACUCCCUCUUCUUCCAGAAUCUUAGCGCGCUUGACGCACAUGCUGUACCCUCUCAAUCCCCCCACAAGGAAAUCUCCAUCCAUCGAAACCCACACUCUGCGUACCCUUCAUCACUCCCUUACAUCUUCGGUAUAGCCUACGUUCUCUUCAUCAUUUACUUGUCCAUAUCCGUCUCCCGUCUUCAUCAGGUCCACUCGCGCUUCGGUCUAGCUAUUACAGGCAUAGCACAGCUCUGUGUAUCUACCAUCAUGUCAAUAUCUCUCCUCGAGUUGUGCGACUGGAGACUGCGCCUAAUUCCAUGGACCGUAGUCCCAUUCGUGAUUGUUGUCGUUGGUGUAGAGAACAUGCUCACAAUUGCGCGUGCAGUGGUAUCUACAUCAAUCUCGCUCCCUGUACCUGAACGUGUUGGUCAGGGCAUGGCUAAAGUCGGUCCAGUUAUCGGUAUGACUGUUCUUUCGGACCUCACUCUACUCGCUAUUGCGGGCUAUCUGCUGCCGGGGAUGAUCAGAGAAUUCUGCAUUUUCGCCUCUGUCGUUAGUGUGAUUGACUACUUUCUGCAGUCCACCUUUUUCAUUACUAUUCUUUCGGUGGAUAUACAGCGAUUAGAGCUCUCCGACCUCAUUCAUCAAGGUAUUCAGCCAGGUGCUACGGCCCCUGCCCAUGCUCAUACUCACAGUCCCUCCGAUACCCCCAAGAAGCACACCUUCACUUCGAAUCCGCUGAUAAUAGCUACAAAGGCAGUGUGGAAAGCGCGCUCAACGCGCAAUGCGAGUUUGUUAGUGCUGAUACUGAUAAUGAGCACACUCUACUACAUGACGCUGCCAUCGCAAGUACACUCACACUCACACGCACACUCCCAAUCACACUUGGACGCACCCGAACACAACUACAACCACUCGCCCACCUUCACCUUCUCACAACACGUUUGGUCGAUCCUCUCAGAGGAUGGGGCGCAUGCGUUCGUGAAUAUUCACAUCAAUCCACCUACUUUCCUCACUACUUAUGCGUCUCAGGAAAAACUUGACGCGCUUGAGCAGCAGGAGCUAUUUGCACCGCGCACACGCGCGUUUCUAUGGUCGGUCAAGGUUGUCGUUCUCCCCAUUGGAUCUUCUCUCGUCGCCCUCUACUGCCUCCUCCUCUUUCUGCUUAAAGAUAAGGAGCUCCAUGAGCUGCAGCGGAGCAAACUCGACGAGAGUGUGGGCAUGAGCAGGGGUGGGAGUGGUAGUAAUAUUGAUGCGCAGCCCCCGAGCGAGCAUCAGCAGCUGCAACCGCAUAGAAGGGAGGAAAACUCACAAUCAAACCCUCGCUCAAAAUCACACUCUCUACAAAUCAAUGCCUCCGUUGAAGUGGUAGAUAGCGUCGACAUCGCCCACGUCGCAUCCACACCAUCUCUGCUGGCGUGGUGUACGGUGCUUGAUGAUGUCAAUGUGGUGCACUGCGGCCAACGCUUCCUUCUGACUAUUCCGUCGCAAUCUGAGGCUAACAAUGAAGCUAAUGGCCCGGUUGCGACUGCCAAAGUGACUGCGCUGGUGGCGAGCAAUUCUCUGAUCGCCGUUGGUUGGACCGAUGGGGCAGUGAUAUUGUGGGAUAUGCGCAGCGGUGUCCCUGUUCCACGUCACCUCGAAGGUCUGCGUAGUGGUGAAGAUGGAGAGUCUGUGGACUCUUCCUCGCCUAUCUCGCCUGUCCCCGUAUCUGCAUUGGAAUUCAGAAGCAGUUGCGGAGUUGCUGGCGAUGCUAGCGAUGCUAGCGAUGGUAAUGACCCUAAUGAUGCUAACCAUGUCAAUGAUGAUAACGAUGGCAACUCCGCCUCCGCUGCGGACGUGUUGGUCUGCGUAUACUCUAAUCAAUCCGCUUUGUUUUGGCGCUUAGUUGAUUAUCGCAGCUUCACCAUCACUCAUCACGCACAAUUUGUCUUUUUGUCAAAGCCGCAAGUUUUCGUUGGUGUGAGGGGUGCACAGGGAGAUACAAAUACACUGAGCAUAUUCACCUACGAUUGCCACAGACAGUCCAAGAUUUUAUGGGGCAAAUUGCAGCGGUACUGGGAUGAAGAUGCCCAUGAAAAAGGAGGCAAUCAAGACACUCUCAUCGACCUCGUUGAGAUGGGACGCAAGAAAGUGGUUUUCUUUCAAUCAUCCCAAGGUGCCAUACGCGCUGUGGAUGUGGGGGGAGAGUGCAGCCAAGUCAUUGGAGUGUUGGAGGGAAUACUCUCAGACACUCCCACUCUCACUCAUGUUGAAAUAGUCAAACCGAGAUUGUGCACGUGCGCGUGCAGCGAUGAUGCGAUUGCUGUGCAUGUGCUCAGAUGCACCCUGCAUUCUGUCUCGUUGGAUAUGCUGACUGUUGGCAUGAGUGGGGAUGUCCCAAGCACCAACUUGAGUGAUGCAAAGGAUGUAAAGGAUGCUAGUAACGCAAGCAAUACCAACACCAAUACCAGCACACCAACACCAAUGCUGCUCCGAAACAGAUCGCGUAAGGGUGGCGCAGGAACCAGCAGCCACAGCCAGACUGAGGAGGGAGUUGGGUACCCGUUAGCUAACCAUGGGUUCUCACGACGGGUGAGUGCAGCGAAAGGUGAAAAUGGCGAUGGUUGCUCGACGUGCACACAUACACACCCACUUACACUCCCCUCACACACUUCACCGCUACAUUUGGACGCGCGAUUUAACACCUGCGCAACAUUCACCGACUGCGUCGUCGGUGUUUGUCGCAAUGGUCGCAGUUGGGAGGCGUGGCGCGUCGCGUUAUCGCAUUGCGAAGAUGCCGUCGUGGAGAGAAGGUCGUUUGAAGUGGGUCAUGUGCGCGAUGUGCGAGGUGUCAGAAGCGAGUUUGCCGGUAGUACACAUAGCAGUGGUAGUAUUAGUGCUCAUAGAAGCAGUAACAGACCGCGCUUAGAGUCGCUAGGUCGACGAAGGGAUACUCAUCGUAUUCUCUAA